CGGAGGAAGAUGCAGGUGUCUCCUGUUUCAGCCGUGAGUAGGUUUAAGGCCUUCCGGUUUUGGAGGGCCACUUGGGCCAAGAAGGUCAGCUGUCUCUGUAAUGAGGCCAAAGAGGUGGAAGUGGUUUUGAAGGCAAGCUGUAGGAGACGGGCAAAAUCCUGAGUGGAAAGGACACUAUGACCCAGGGCGCCCCCAGCGAGGCCAGAGGCUGCAAUGGAGGAGGUUAAGGUUAAUCUCACCAUGACCGGUAAGAAGACGGCGCACCUUGGCCGGGACCAGGGGAGGAGCCACCUGAAUCCAGACUCACCGUACAGGACAGUUCGGGAAAAGUCAGAUUCCCUCUCCUCUGAAGCAUCGACCAGGGAAAAACGGGCCAAGGCGGAAUCUAAGUCCUUUGCUGUGGGGAUGUUCAAGGGCCAGCUCAUCACGGAUCAGGUGUUCCCAUACCCGUCUGUGCUCAACGAGGAGCAGACACAAUUUCUCAAAGAGCUAGUUGGGCCUGUGUCCCGUUUCUUUGAGGAGGUGAAUGAUGCUGCUAAGAAUGACACUCUGGAGAUGGUAGAAGAAACCACUUUGCAGGGCCUCAAGGAGCUCGGGGCCUUUGGUCUGCAAGUGCCCAGUGAGCUGGGCGGUGUGGGCCUCUGCAACACCCAGUAUACCCGCUUGGUGGAGAUCGUAGGCAUGCAUGACCUUGCCGUGGGCAUUACCCUGGGGGCCCAUCAGAGCAUCGGCUUCAAAGGCAUCCUGCUCUUUGGCACGAAGGCCCAGAAAGAAAAGUACCUCCCCAAACUGGCAUCUGGAGAAACUCUGGCCGCUUUCUGUCUAACCGAGCCCUCAAGUGGGUCAGAUGCAGCUUCCAUCCGAACCUCUGCUGUGCCCAGCCCCUGUGGAAAAUAUUACACCCUCAAUGGAACCAAGAUUUGGAUCAGGCAAUCUUCCCAUUUCUCCCCUUUUCCCACCUCUGCCCAGUUCCAGGCCCCACUGCUCUGGGUCCUCCAUGUCCUGACCGCCCUCUCAUUCUUCCACAGUAACGGGGGCUUGGCAGACAUCUUCACAGUCUUUGCCAAGACACCAGUUACAGAUGCAGCCACAGGGACCGUGAAGGAGAAGAUCACAGCUUUUGUGGUGGAGAAAAGCUUUGGGGGUGUUACCCAUGGGCCCCCUGAGAAGAAGAUGGGCAUCAAGGCCUCCAACACAGCAAGUGUAUUCUUUGAUGGAGUACAGGUGCCAGCAGAGAAUGUGCUGGGUGAGGUGGGGGGCGGCUUCAAGGUUGCCAUGCAUAUCCUCAAUAAUGGAAGGUUUGGCAUGGCCGCGGCCCUUGGAGGGACCAUGAGAAGUAUCAUUGCCAAGGCGGUGGAUCAUGCUUCGAAUCGUACCCAGUUUGGGGAGAAAAUUCACAACUUUGGGCUGAUCCAGGAGAAGCUGGCCCGGAUGGCUACGCUGCAGUAUGUGACUGAGUCCAUGGCUUACAUGGUGAGUGCCAACAUGGACCAAGGAUCCACGGACUUCCAGAUAGAAGCCGCCAUCAGCAAAAUCUUUGCCUCGGAAGCAGCCUGGAAGGUGACAGACGACUGCAUCCAAAUCAUGGGGGGCAUGGGCUUCAUGAAGGAGUCUGGGGUAGAGCGGGUGCUCCGAGAUAUUCGCAUCUUCCGCAUCUUUGAAGGGACGAACGACAUUCUCCGGUUGUUUGUGGCUCUGCAAGGCUGUAUGGAAAAAGGAAAGGAGCUCUCUGGGCUUGGCAGUGCUCUUAAGAAUCCUUUUGGGAAUGCUGGCCUCCUGCUAGGAGAGGCAGGCAAGCAGCUGAGGAGACGGGCAGGACUGGGCAGUGGCCUGAGUCUCAGUGGAAUCGUCCACCCAGAGUUGAGCCGAAGUGGCGAGCUGGCAGUGCAAGCUCUGGAGCAGUUUGCCACUGUGGUGGAGGCCAAGCUGAUAAAACACAAGAAGGGGAUUGUCAAUGAACAGUUCCUGCUGCAGCGUCUGGCAGAUGGGGCCAUUGACCUCUAUGCUAUGGUGGUGGUUCUCUCCAGGGCCUCAAGAUCCCUGAGUGAGGGCUACCCCACAGCCCGGCAUGAGAAAAUGCUCUGUGACACCUGGUGUACUGAGGCUGCAGUCCGGAUCCGGGAGAACAUGGCAGCUGUGCAGUCUGACCCCCAGCAACAAGAACUAUUCCGGAACUUCAAAACCAUCUCCAUGGCCUUGGUGGAGCGAGGUGGCAUGGUCACCAGCAACCCGCUCAGCUUCUGAGUACUCCCAGCCAGGGCCUGGCCUGUUUAUGUGCCUUCUCUUAAGCCAAAGCCAAGGCCCCUUUCCUGGGAGCAGUUUGCCCUGAAGGGCCUGUUGCUCCCAGAACUGUGCCUGCUCUCAGGAGCACUUACUGCCUCACACAUUAUAAAGUUUCUAACAAGUCA